AUGGACUUACCCAUCAAAGACAGUGCAACAACAGCACCAAAACUCCCGGUUUCAAACCCAAUCAAGCCCUACUGGGAAAGAAAAACGACUCAUGUACUGGCCAAUCACCGAUCUACACCUGAUCUUCCCACAGAGUGCGAUGUCCUAAUUAUUGGAGUGGGCUACGCUGGAGUUAGCGCAGCAUACAACUUGUUAAAGACAAACCCAUCCAUGUCAAUUGCAUUGCUGGAAGCCCGUUCAGUAUGUUCCGGCGCGACAGGACGAAAAGGAGGACAUUUGAGACCAGAUCUAUAUGAGCAAAUCCCCAAGUACAUACAACGGUACGGCGUUGACGCUGGAGUCCAAUGGGCGGAAUUUGAGCUUGCUAAUAUGGAGGCAAUUCGGGAGUUAAUCGCCGAAGCACGAAUUGAUUGCGAUUUUACCCCAACGAGGAGCACUGACACUUGGCUGAGCGACGAAGGAGCAAAAACAGCUAAGGCUGCCUACGACCUCUUGGUAUCUCUGCAAGUGCGCUACACGAACACCAUUGAUUUCGUUUACGGUUCUGACCAAGAUGGAAUUGUCAAAGGUGUCAAAGCGAGCGCGACUUAUGAAGCAGCAUCUCUUGAUCCUUAUAAGUUCAUCCUCGCCCUGUUGCAGCGGGUUCUAGAGAUGGGAAAGCAGGUGAAUUUGCAGACUCAUACCCCUGCCACAGCUCUGCACGAAGAUUCGGUGAAUGGGGGAUGGAUUGUGGAUACUCCACGAGGAAGCAUUAAGGCCAAGAAGAUUGUCCAUGCGAGCAAUGCUUAUGUUUCUACCCUUUUGCCAGAGUACACAAAGAGCAUCAUACCCUGCAAAGGCAUUUGUACUCACGUAGCAGUCCCCGAAGGGCAAUCGGGAGCAACGCUGACUAAUCUAUACAUUAUUCGAGAUGCUGCUGGCGUUCUUAGCUAUCUGAUUCCUUUGUCAGGUGGCGAAGGCGUGAUUGUAGGAGGAUCUAGCAGGUUAUUCCGCCCGUACCCUCAACAAUGGUACAAUAAUGUUGAUGACAGUACCCUUAUUGAAGCCUCCAGCGGCUUCUUUGACAACUUCAUGCAACGCACAUUCAAUGGCUGGGAGGACAGUAACGCGUACGUGAAGGAAGCCUGGACUGGCGUUAUGGGCUACUCGUUCGAUAGCCUACCGCACCUUGGAGAAGUUCCGGGGAAGUCGGGCCAGUACAUCGUUGCUGGCUUUAAUGGACAUGGAAUGCCUGUCAUUUGGCUCGCGGCAAAGGGGAUCGCAGAGAUGAUUGCGACUGAUAGAGCGUACGAAGACGUAAAAUACUUGCCGUCGAUUGGAAAGACGACUGUUGACAGGAUUCGGACCGCCCAAGAGGGACAAGACGGUGGUGAUAUUUUCAACUGA